UUUCCGGCACGUUUUCAAUCUUAUCGUAGUCUUCGCUUAGCGACAUGGUGAGGCGUGUGGGAAUAAUCGGAUAUGGUCACCUUGGACAAUAUCUGGUGCAACAGAUCAACUCCAGAAGUGAUAUGGAAUUGGUCUUCGUAUGGAACCGAACUGUCUCAGCACUGAAAGAGUCAGUGCAGAUCAGACCAGACCAGAUUCUGGAAGAUUUGUCUGAUUUUGAAAAAUACCAGGCAGACUUGAUAGUAGAAGUGGCCCAUCCCAACAUCACACAAACGUAUGGUCCUAGGAUCCUGCAGAAGGCUGACUUCAUGAUAGGUUCCCCCACUGCCCUGGCCGAUGCUGAGUUAGAAGCAGCACUGCGGAGUGCGGCCACAGACCAUGGUCUGUACGUACCCAGUGGUGCAUUCUGGGGAGGAGACGACGUCAAGAAGAUGGCGGACCGGGGAACAUUACAGGCUUUGAAAGUCACAAUGACUAAACACCCAUCAAGCUUCAAACUCAAUGGUCAGCUGAAGGUCAAGAAUGACCAAGUAACAGACACAAAGAAGGUGCUGUACGAUGGUCCCGUGCGGGAGUUAUGUCCCCUGGCUCCCAACAACGUCAACACCAUGGCUGCAGCUGCUCUAGCAGCACACAACCUCGGCUUCGACAAAGUACAGGGCUGCAUCGUGGCUGAUCCAGAGUUGAGAGACUGGCACAUCGUGGAGGUGGACGUGUGGGGCCCAGGAGAUAUGUCUACAGGGUCAGCCUUCCACUGUAAGACUGUCCGGAGUAACCCGGCUCAAGUUGGACAUGUCACUGGCUUGGCUACCUAUGCCUCCUUCCUCAGCAGCUUGUUGGCUGCCAAGGGUAAAGGGUCUGGAGUUCACCUGUGUUGAUCUGGGAACAGGAAUGUGAAUCAAGAAGACUUUCGCCUGUGGGCCUCAUCUAAUUAGGUUGUCAAAAACAAAAUGUUCUGUACUGCCAUUAUUGCGUUACUACUGCAUGUAUAUUUUAAAGGUUGGGAUGGAAAUAUAUCACAUUAUUAUUGAUA